UGUGAAUUAAUACUUUAACAGUAAACAAGAUCCUAUAUAUUAACCCUGAGCACAUUUAAAGGGAUGUAUUGGCAAUAUUGUUUUACCUGGGCUUGCUAUGGAAGCACUGGUCACCAAAACAUGAGUGACCUGAACUGUCUAUAUUGAAGAAUGAGGUGAAAAUCAGAUUGAUUGACUAUUGAUCAUGACACAAGGAUCCCGUAUUUCACUGUCGAUUUUUGGGGGAAUUAGCUUAUCUCUGAGCAUGCUUGUGCAGGAAAAAAUCUAGAAUUUAAUAACAGUCCAUGUAGACCUAUCUCCAGGAUCAGGAAGCGGCGUGGUGACAACACAGGUUCAUCAGUGAUGCUACUUAUGUGAAGAGGAUGUGUAUUUAUAUAUAGUCUAUAUAUGUGUAAAUUACUGCACAGUCUGCAUACUACAACCAUGGAACAGAAUGAUGUUCUUCUGCAAGGAAAAUUUUCCAUUUUAGGCAAACCUGGAAAAAUUUUCAUGGUGGAAUUGACAAGUGAAAAACUGAGGUUUCAAGAUUUGAAUGGCAAAAGUAACGAAUAUGAGGGUGUGAUUGAUAUAAAGGAUGUGAUUGGAUGCCGUAUUAACAGUGGUGUAAACAAACAGGGCAGCGGUAAUGUGUGUAACUGUGUUAAUUCCCACGUUGUGCGGGACAUGGCAGAAUGUUUGCUUUCUAUUCAUUACUGUCCUAAGACGAAGAAGAGGCUAUUUUGUAAAUCCUACUCUCGAGAACAUUGCACCUUAAAUUUAGCCUUAUCACAUCACCCGGAUUACGAUUCUAACAAAAUUGUCUGUGAGAAAUGGAAGAAGACCAUUCUUAGUCUUUCUAAAAACAACAAUAAUAAUCAUAUCACAAUAGAAACAGACUUGGUGAACUGUGAAGCACCUCUACAAAGGAAGAUACUGGUGUUAAUCAACCCUUUCAGUGGUCCAGGGAAAGCCCGCCAGAUCUUCGAAAAUGGCGUGUCCAGUAUGCUGGAGGAGGCAGACAUUUCCUUUAAAAUGGUCAUCACAGAGUAUGCUGGUCAUGCUACAGAGAUGAUGAGGAGUCUAGAUUUGUCUGCAUGGUACGGCGUUGUCAUAGUCUCAGGAGAUGGACUUAUAUAUGAAGUAAUCAAUGGUCUAAUGAGCAGAGGUGACUGGGAGGUGGCGAUUAAUUUCCCUGUUGGUUGUUUACCCGGUGGAUCAGGGAAUGCCCUGUCUCUAAAUAUAAACUAUCUAGCAGGUGAGCCGGUAGAUUUGAAUCCCAUUCUUCACUCCACCUUUGUGUUGAUUAAGCACCGUGUGAUCCCUAUGGACCUGGUGUUGGUACAGACCCCGGGGAAACAGAUGUACUCCUUCCUGUCUGUCACCUGGGGCUUAGUGGCGGACAUCGACUACGAGAGCGAGCGACUGAGAGUCCUAGGAGCUUCCCGAUUCACCCUCUACUUCAUAAAGCGAGUUGUCAGCCUUCGGAAAUACAGAGCUAAGGUUUCAUUUCUUCCCGUUACCCCUUAUGACCCAGGUGCCAAAAAUCAGAAAGAAAGGACGGUAAAAUGUUCCCGACCGCGACGAUUUACGAUGAUAAGAAACUCUACAACACAACGCAACAUCAGUUCCUCCGUAUACGAGAACGGUGUACAGGGAGUGUACAGAGAAAAGUCCUCUUCUCACUCCUUACCUCGACUCAGGUCCAAAUCCAUGCCGACCGUGAAAACCGUCAGUGAAACAAAUGGAGACAUAUCAGGAUACGAGGAACACGACAAUGUGAUGUUUGAACCGGACGAUUCAGAUGAAUGUUUUACUUCAAGUCUGCCCAAUGGUGAUCAUGUAAAAGAUGAUAAUGUUAGUACUGGAAGUGAAAAUAUAUUUGAAGAAAUGGUACAGACAUUGAACAAUGAUGGAAAACCCCUUCAGGCGCCCCUUUUGGCACCUCUUGGGGAGGAGGUUCCAUCAAACUGGGUCACAAUAGAAGAUGAAUUUAUCACGGCUUGUGCCCUAUACCAGCCCUAUCUAGGCCCUGACAACUUGGCAUCACCUGAAUCGAGACUGAAUGAUGGACAGAUUCAUCUUUUGAUUAUCAGAGCUGGGAUCCCCAAAUCGGCACUUGUGAACUUAUUCUUGUCUUUCGAAACAGGGGACCACAUAAGUUCACCGUACGUGGAGAUGGUCAAAGUAUUGGCUUUCCGAUUGGAGCCAAUGGGAACUGAGGGCAAUAUAAUGGUAGAUGGGGAACAUGUGGACUAUGGACCAAUUCAAGGACAGGUGCUUCCUGGGAUAGCAAGAAUUAUGGGAGUCCAAUGACCACUUCCUGUGAUAGCUAGGGGCCAUUUUAAUACAUGUAUUAAUUUUUGCUGCACUUUUUCAAUUCUUAGAUAGGGUUUAUUUAAAUUCAUGACAAUUUAAAGGAUUUUCUUUAAAUAGCUCAUCUGGAUCCUUAUUUUCAAGGUCAUAUACAGUAAAUUAUGAGAAAUAACUUGCCUGAAUCUUUGCAAGUUCAAAAACCUCAUUAAAAUGCCUGAUCUCUUACAAUUCAAUGAAAUGAGGUAUGUGUAUAAGCUGAUUACAGUUUCCUUCAAGGGAAAUGAAUACAGAAUAAUUAAGGGUACAAGUGUACUGAAUUUCAUUUUUGUGAUCAUCGUUAUUGUGUUUACGUCAUGUAUUUAUUUCAUUGUUAAUUUAUUGAUUUAUAAUUAAACAGAUUUAUGUGUGUUUAUUUUGAAAGGAUUAAUUAUGGAUGAAAGAAACAUUAAUGUUAUUUAUUGACAAUUAUUUGUAUAUUGUGUUAUACUUUUAAUAGACUUAAUAUAAAGAUUUUUAGCCCUGUGUUGAAAUGAAUGAUAAUUAACAAAAAAUUGCACAAAUUUUAUUAAUAUACCAGUUGGCGAGAAAACCACCAAAAUUGUUUCUUAAUUUUACAGAUUAAAAGUGUACCCCGUAAUUCUCUGAAAAAUUUUUGGUUGACAGAAUGUCCACUGAUCUGCAGCUAGAAAAAAUCAAAAAAUUUCUACUAGUCGAUCACCAAUCAACAUUAAAAAAAAACAUGAAAACAUGUUGGAUAUAUAUGUACUUACAAUUGAAAUGUACAUGUAUUUUUUAAAUAUAAAUAAAGCAUUGAUGAACAAGUGUAAAAUUAGUCAUUACACUUAUUGUUUGUAGAAUUAGUAAAAUUCCAUUUAUUAGAAGGAUUUGUAUAUUGCAAUCAAUGCAGGUAAAAUUAACACUUUCAUAAUAUUAAAGGUUCAAUUAUAGUUGCAUUUUAAUAAUAUUCAAGGGGCCAUGAUUAUAUAGGAAUAUGGGACCACCACUGUAGAUUUAUGAACAUUUUCAAGUCAAGUGUUUAGAAAAAAACUGAAAUGGGAUCAUGCCAUUAAAAUAGUCUGCUCGAUUUUGAUAUUUUUACAAACUCAUAUGUGUAUUUUUGAAUUUUUUUUGUACAGUACAUACUACUGUAUAAGUAGUAUUUUUAGCAAGGAUUUAAUUUUGGCAUU